AUGCCUCAGGUAACAUUCCUUCCUCCUCAUAUUGAGGAGUUAUUAGAUAGCGAAAUUGUGACAGAAUUCAAUAUCCAGUCGCUCGAUCAGUACAGACACUGCAUGUCAGUGUAUGUCCUUCGAUUCAAGGAAGAUAGGACCUGGGGAUAUGCGAUAUCGCAUUUCUGCGACACAUGCACCAAGACAGUAUCAUUCCCGGAUUACUGUGCAGAGGAUAAUACGUGUAUAACCAAGACCGUGGGUAUGGAUACUCUUCUUGAGGCCACGUUUAUUACUGAUGUGAAGGGAAUAUCGCUCGGUCCAUUUGGUUGCGAAGAGCUCAGGGAGUGUGUUGGCGAGGUCUGCAGCGAACUGGGCGGGUUGGGAGCUGAUAUGAAGUUUGCAGAGCUAUGCGCAGAAUAUACAGCUAGGGUAGUGAAGAAGCUGCAGAAUCCGAAAUACUGGAAUGGGUUUAUGAGAAGCAUUCCUUCUAAUGACCGGUAA